CUCAUUAAUUUCCUUUCUGCAGCCAGCCCUCCACGAGUUCUCUCCAUGGCAGAAUUACUAGAAACAGCACAAGAAGUUUCUAAAAUGACCAUUGCACACGAGAUUGUGGUGAACCGUGACUUCAAGUUGCAAGAGGUCAACUUCUCACCAAACAGCCUGGAAAGCCGAGUGAAGGAGACAUUGCACAAAGCUUUCUGGGACAGUCUGAAAGAACAGCUUGCUGCUAGUCCACCAGACUACACACACGUGAUCCAACUGCUUCAGGAAAUUAAAGAGACCAUACUGUCACUGUUGCUGCCACGGCACAGCCGUCUGCGGGGCCAGAUUGAAGAAGCCCUGGAUAUGGAGCUGAUCAGACAGGAGGCUGAGCAUGGGGCUCUUGACAUCCCCAAUCUCACCAUGUACAUCUUAGGUACAAUGGCGAUGCUGUGUGCACCUGUUCGAGACGAGGAAGUGCAGAGACUACGGGGUGUGACAGACCCAGUUCAGUUGCUCAGGGAGAUUUUCCGGGUGCUAGACCUGAUGAAAAUGGACAUGGUGAAUUUUACCAUCCAGAGCCUCCGGCCCCAUCUGCAGGAUCACUCCGUCCAAUAUGAGCAGAAGAAAUUCCAGGAGCUCCUUGUCAAGCUGCCCAGUGAGCGUGUGGGGAAGGAGGGAGAAGACAGCCUGGAUCACACAACUGAGUGGUUACACAAAGCAGCAGCAGAAGUCUCUGCAUCAUCUUUGUCAUCCCCAUCCCAUCCUGAGGUCCAUGGAUCACCCGCUCCACUGUCACAGGGGGCUGUCAACAGGAGCUCAUCUACACCAAGUCCCAUGUCUGUGUUAAACCAAGGAUACAUGAAUCUGCUCCGCUGGGAGCCAGGCAUAGAGAAAUACCCUGAGACUCUGUUGAUGGACCAAGCCCGGCUGCAGGAGGUACAGUUGCAAGUGAAUCAGCUAACAAUCAUAGCUGCAGUCCUGCUAGUGUCCAGCAGUGUGUGUGGAAGCGCCUUGUUCAGCUCGCCUGGGUUUGGAGAAGCUUUGCUGGACAUCAGCAAUCAUGUGCACCAGGAAGUUAGUGAAUCUCUCUUGCAAGUGGGUUACCCUGCUUUCACCAGCGAUAAAUCUGCUUCCCUUAAAGGCCAGAUAAGGAGCAUUGCAGAGGAGGACAAUGCUGUGCGGAGCGUAAUUGAGCAGCGGAUCCAUUCAUUUCUCAGCCUUCAUCUGUCUCCUAGUGCCCAGAACUCUCGCAGUCUCCCAAAAGGCCUUGCUCCAAUUCAGGAAGAACUGCUGGAAGUUAGCCACAGAUUUGGCAGUGUGAUUUAUCACAACAGGCAGGUGUAUGGACCCUACUACCUGGCAAUUCUAAAAAAGGUUGUUCUCCCAGGAGCAGAGCCAGAAGCCGGAAUAGAUUCUUUCUAACUCUUACAGAAAGCACCACAGGCACUGGGGCCAGAAGGGAGGAGGACUCAGCUAGUUUUCAGACUCAUGCUUUGGCUUGUAAAGUCUGUUAUAGCCAACUAAACAGCUGUCCUGUUCUCUGCAGCAGCAUCCAAAGCACUUCUGCAGCUGGGCCACCAUAGCUGCUGGGGACAGUUACAUAAAUACCACUGGCCAUUUCCCAAUUUGUCUGAAUAAACCUUUAAACUAAAAAAAA